ACAGCCGGUUCGACCUGGAGGCUUUCUUGAAGAUGAAGGCUGGGGAGCUCUAGAUGUGAAAAGAAGUCCAGGGAAAGGAGUCAAGGAUGAGUGGCAGUCCGGAUAUACGAUUCGUGUCAUUGCGAGCGAAAGGAAUGAUGUUUUCUUUUUUUUCUUCCUCCUUUCUUUUUUUCCACCGUCUUCCCUUUUUUUUGGUUAUCAUAGAGAAUCCUCUCCGAGACUUGUACAUACCCUGGGCUGUCGUGCUUCCUGUACACUACAGUUGGACCAGAGCACGAGAUUGACGUUUGUUGCGAUGCGGAUCCCUUGUCCCGAUGUGUGUGCACUCUCGGAAAAGUUCGCGCGCUGUUCGUCCGUAUUGUAUUCUAUCGCUUGCUCUUUAGAUCGUCAAGGC